GGAGGGGAGACCAGUUCUUAGGAUAUCAUGGACUCUGCCUGCAGAGAAGGUCGAAGGGUCCACGGGAGAAAGGAAGAAAAGAGAUCACGAUACCCUCUUGGACUUUGAUAUACCCUUACAAGCCCUAAUCUGAGAUAUACCAACCGAUGCUUGAUCUACUUCCUACCGUACCUUUUCCUCUUUGUUCAGCUUCGACAGUCUUACCUCACGUUUCCCAGUAUGUCGCGGGGACCUCUGAGCUCUCAAGGGAUGUGCAGUGGUAGUCUUUGACAGUGAACCACCGGGUGUUUGUCGCCACUCUCCACACGAUUUUGCCGCUCGAGUGGAGGUCGACCAGCUAGCUGAAAGGCACACUGCAGUUUUGACACUUUGCACCAUGUUUGAUCCUGGACCAGAUGACUAGGCUUGUCGCAGGGUCGUGAUGGCUCGGAUAUCAUCAGCAUGGCAUCUAUAUCCAGAGCAGCGCCUCCUCCUGGCUGGUCAAUGCCCCUCAGUCGGUCCAUAGUGUCCCUCCCCAGGCCCACAUCUUCUGAACUUAGAUCUAGUAUUGUCAUACCUACACUCCCUUCCGUCCUCCAAGCACUGCUGCAUAACGCCCUCGAAGCGAAAGCAUCCAAGAUCACAGUAUGGAUCAUGGACCCGGGUACAGGCGGGGUAGGCCUCAGAGUCGAGGACGAUGGGACUGGGAUUACCAGGUCGUCCUGGGAAUAUGUAGGAAAGAGAGGCUGGACUGGAAAGACUGCGAAAAACGCAACGAACGGAGGGACUUAUGCGUAUGGAUACAGGGGAGAAUCACUCGCCUCUAUCGCUUCGUUGGGGUAUUUAGAACUCAAUAGUCGAGCUGUCGGGUCCAGCGAGACAUAUACGAAAAUACUCAAGAAUGGAAAGGUCAUUUAUACUGGUAGAGCCUCCAGAGCUCUAUCAACACACGGCACAGUGAUCACUAUCAAGGACAUGUAUGAAAACAUCCCCGUCAGGCAGCGCUCUCUCGCUCUCGUCUCCUCAGCAUCGCUCGUCAAUGGAUGUAGAAAGAUCGUUGAACUCCUGGCGCUCGUUCACCCUGGAGUCAAGUGGUCACUCUACGAGGAUCACGCUAUCGGGACGUCAGCGGGACAUUCCAAGUCAAUCUUGUCACUGCGUGGAGGAAAGACCAGCGCGGAUAUAUUCCGGUCAUUGUAUGGCAGCUUUGGCGUCGAGAGGGUCCAAAAUAUCCGAGUCUCAGCUGGAUUUCGUCGCAUAGAUGGGUUCAUCAGUCUCGGAUCAGCAGUAAACAAGGCACACCAGAACCUCUACAUCAACGGCUGCCCUCUCGCCCGAUGCGAUCUCCACCAUAUCAUUGCCAAGCGCUUCUCGAAGAGCAGAUUCUCAAUCAUGACUGCGGAUGAUGCCUCGGACAGAGAGAUGACGAGUUCUCGCCGCUCGCCUAGGCGUCUAGAACGACAUCCCAUCUACGUACUGAAUGUUUCUCUUCCGUCCGAGGAUCUGGACAAUGCUUAUGGACCGCAGAAGAACAUAUUUGGGCACAGGGACGCUGGCUCGGUUCACGCUCUCAUUCUUGCCGUCAUUGAUGAAUUCCUCAAGCGACACGAGUUCAUCAAUUCCAAGACCGCGCCACAGUCACCUGUGGCUUCGAUACAGGCUUCCCAGUGUCCCACUAAAGCCUCAGAGGGACCAGCAUAUUCACCCGAGAAAAAGUCUUCAGUGGCCCCGUCCAGUCGAAGGGGUGCACCCAGUCGAAUGUCUCUCAACGACCGGAUGGAUCGCCUGUUCACGCCUUUACCCGCACCUUGCACACCGUGCGACGACGGCCGGCGAUCUGCGCCGCCUCGACCUCUCAAGCGGAGAGCUGAUGGAUCGCUAUCUGUGCCGGAGCCAGAUGUGCAAAUAGUCCCGAAGGAAUGGGUCGAUCAGCUUGUUCGAGACACUGAUGCUCAUGUCUUUGGGUAUACGAAUCAGCAGCGCGACGACACGCAUUAUCACCAUCGGGUGAGACUGGGGUCGACUUCUCGAUUGCUCGAAAGACUUGCUGCGUCGAAGUCUGGUGGACAUGCAGCAGAAGACUUCGAGAUCACAGCAGAGAGUCUCAGCCAUGCCCAUGUAAUUGGCCAAGUGGAUCGAAAGUUUGUUGCGUGCUCCGUCACAGGCCGACUCAAAACGGCAUCAAGUGCCACUGGAAAUGUUCGACAGAUCAUGGUCCUCAUUGAUCAGCAUGCCGCGGACGAGCGGGCCUCCGUAGAACCGAUCCUCAGCGAUCUGUGUCAAGGUUUCAUCUCUGGCACCUUGCAGACUGAGUCACUCAAGACUCCGAGUACGAUCAUUCUCUCCCGAGAGGAGAUGCGCACCCUUCGACAUCCUGGAGUUGUCACUCUUCUCGAGCGAUGGGGCAUUCACCUCGACCUCUCUGUGUUCGACCCUGAGACUGUGGACCUGAGUCAGGUCAAAGUGACGCGUGUGCCUGCUGCGCUACUUUCUCGCUUGGGUCGGAAAGAGGGGGGAGAGAUGACCCGAUUGUUGAGGCAGUACUUGCCCUUCCUAGACGAACAACAAGGAGAGAUCGAAGGGACUCUCACUCUCCUGGCAACGGGGACGCAUUCGUCAGGUACGACGCCCGUCGACUUCACAGACUGGCGACGAGUUCUACGAUGGAUGCCCACUGAGAUGCUAGAUCUGGCCAACUCCAAGGCGUGCCGAAGCGCCAUCAUGUUCCAGGAUAGUCUCGCGCUUGAUCAAUGUCAACGUCUUGUCUUUCGACUUGGUCAAACUCGAUUUCCUUUCGUUUGUGCUCAUGGUCGUCCAAGUCUUGUACCGAUCACUCCCAUAGAGAGUCAUCCGCCCGCCUCUACGAGGACCAUCGAUUGGGCUCAGUGGGCAGAGAAGCAUGUGUAACACUCUGAUAAUGAUAGAAGCAUGACCGACUUCGUGUUGUACAACUAUAUACUACUCUUCAUGACCACCUCUUGAACCCCAUCCAGUCGAUAGGAUUUGAUCGUCCGCCACAUUUAGCCGCAACUAUCAUG